AUGUCGAAGAAGAAAAGCUCAACCGGCGUCCCUGAGGGCCAUGUGUCCGGACAGUCCAAUAAGCCUCUUUCGAGGCCAGCUCAUGCACUGACCGUGGAUCAGUGUGCUCAUGAGCUGGAAGCCGAUCAGAACAAUGGUCUGUCUGCCGCUGUUGCUAAAGAACGUCUGGAUCAAUGGGGCCCCAACGACUUGGGUGACUCUGAAGGCGUUUCUGCUUGGAAGAUUGUCGUAGCUCAAGUGGCCAACGCCAUGACAUUGGUCCUUAUUCUCGCUAUGGCAGUCAGCUUUGGAAUCAAAUCGUGGAUCGAAGGCGGUGUCGUAGCCCUCGUCAUCCUGCUGAACAUCACUGUUGGUUUCUUUCAGGAGUAUUCUGCCGAGAAAACCAUGGACUCCCUGCGUUCCUUGAGCUCUCCGACCGCGAGCGUCAUUCGCGAUGGAGACGCGGUGGUCAUACCCAGUGGAGAACUCGUCAUUGGAGAUAUCGUCGAGCUCAAGACCGGCGACACCAUUCCCGCUGAUAUCAGGGUAUUUGAGGAUGUCAACUUCGAAACCGAUGAGGCUCUCCUGACGGGAGAGUCUCUGCCUGUGCGGAAGAACGCGAAGGCGACGUUUGAUGACGCCACCGGACCAGGAGACCGGCUCAACGUAGGCUACAGCUCUUCUACGGUUACGAAGGGUCGCGCCAAGGGCAUCGUUUUCGCUACCGGUGUUUGCACCGAGGUUGGAGCCAUCGCCGUCGCCUUGCGCGACAAGGACUCCAAGGUCCGGCCGGUGAAGCGCAAGCCCGAUGGCUCUGCCAAACCCCACCGAUACCUCGAGGCCUACACGCUGACCAUGACGGACGCCAUCGGCAAGUUUCUCGGGGUCAACGUUGGCACUCCACUGCAGAGGAAGCUCUCGAAGCUGGCUCUCUUGCUCUUUGGAAUUGCUGUGGUCUGUGCCAUUAUCGUUCUUGCGGCCAACCGUUUCAUGCCUGAACAGGAGGUAAUCAUUUAUGCAGUUGCCACCGGCUUGUCCAUGAUACCUGCGUCGCUUGUCGUUGUCCUUACUAUCACGAUGGCCGCAGGCACGAAGCGAAUGGUCCAACGUGGCGUUAUCGUCCGGAAUCUCAAAUCGCUGGAGGCGCUUGGCGCCGUGACAGACAUCUGCUCGGAUAAGACAGGGACUCUUACUCAAGGCAAGAUGGUGGCGAAGAAAGCCUGGAUCCCGGCCCUAGGGACAUAUACUGUCGACACUUCAUCCAAACCCUUCGACCCCACCGCCGGCAAGAUUCUAUUUACAGAUCGUCAACCUCACCAGGUGGCCCGCAAGGAGGAUGGGACCGAGACUAAUGGAUCAGUUCUCGAGCCAGAAACGCUGCUCUCCAGCGGCAAAAGCGCCCUGGUUGAAUAUCUCCGCAUCGCCUCCCUCGCCAACCUCGCGACAGUCCAGCAAAAGGAUGGCGAAUGGCAUGCCCGGGGAGAUCCUACGGAGAUUGCCAUCCAAGUGUUGGCGGCGCGCUUUGAUUGGAACCGGCUCAAAUUCGUCAGUGGACAGCAGCCCGAGUGGACACAGGUUGCCGAGCUGCCCUUCGACUCCGAUGUCAAGCGGAUGUCAGUCAUCUUCAAGGAAGAGUCAAGUGGCGAUCUGUUUGCAUUCACCAAAGGUGCCGUGGAGAGAAUGAUUGGAGCCUGCACAUCCUACUGUCCUUCUGACGAUGGAGAGACCGCUGAAAUGACAUCCGAAUUUCGCGAGACUAUACUGAAGAACACCGAAAGCCUCGCUGGCAUGGGGUUGAGAGUCCUUGCCUUGGCAAGCAGGAAGCUGGACGCUGAGUUCGCGACCACCGGCGACAUCGACCGGGCCUCUGUGGAGCACGAUCUGGUCUUCCGUGGCCUCGUUGGGCUGUACGAUCCGCCGCGGCCUGAGUCGAAGCCGGCGGUGAGAAGCUGCCACGAAGCCGGCAUCGCCGUGCAUAUGCUGACCGGCGACCACCCCGAGACCGCAAGGGCCAUCGCCGUCGAGGUCGGGAUUCUGCCUAGUCGCAUGAGCCGCGUACGGCACGAUAUUGCUCAGUCGAUGGUCAUGACUGCGAGCGAGUUUGAUGCCCUGACGGACGACCAAGUUGAUCAGCUCCCCGUGCUGCCUUUAGUCAUUGCUCGCUGUGCGCCAAACACCAAAGUUCGGAUGAUUGAGGCUCUCCACCGACGCAACAAAUUCUGUGCGAUGACCGGUGACGGCGUUAAUGAUUCCCCUUCACUUCGGCGCGCAGAUGUGGGCAUUGCAAUGGGACAAGCCGGUAGUGACGUCGCCAAGGAAGCUUCAGACGUGGUACUGGCGGACGACAACUUCGCAAGCAUUGUGGCUGCUAUCGAGGAAGGCCGCCGUAUCUUUGACAACAUUCAGAAGUUUGUACUUCAUGUGCUUGCCGAAAACAUCGCGCAAGCAGGCACUCUUCUGAUCGGUCUUGUUUUCCGGGAUGCCAGUCAGCUUUCCGUCUUUCCGCUCGCCCCCGUCGAAAUUGUCUGGAUUAUUAUGAUUACCAGCGGCAUGCCAGAUAUGGGUCUCGGCUUUGAACGCGCAGUUCCUGAUGUUAUGACUCGGCCGCCGCAGAGUUUGAAGACCGGGAUAUUCGACGCCGAAUUUCUCGUCGACAUGGUUGUCUACGGUCUCUGGAUUGCCGCACUGUGCCUGGCAUCCUUCAGCCUUGUCGUCUUUGGCUUCGGCGGAGGAAACCUUGGUCACAACUGCAAUGACUCCUAUAGCGAGUCCUGCGACACGGUAUUCAGGGCUCGUGCUACCACUUUCGCAUGCCUCACGUGGUUCGCGCUCUUCUUGGCAUGGGAAAUGAUAGACCGACGACGAUCUUUCUUUCGGAUGCAGCCUGACUCGAAGCGAUACCUGACACAAUGGAUGGUUGACAUUUGGGCGAACAAGUUCCUCUUCUGGGCUGUCAUAUUUGGAUUUGUGACCCUGUUUCCAGUUGUGUACAUUCCGGUUAUCAACACGGCUGUGUUCAAGCACUCUGGUAUUACGUGGGAAUGGGGAAUCGUCUUCGUAAGUGCCGCCCUGUUCAUAGGCGGAGUCGAGGCUUGGAAAUGGGCAAAGCGCGUCUUCUUCCGUCACAGCCGGCGCAGCGACCGGAUUGCCAGUUGGAAAGACAUGGACGUGGAGGAACGCACGUUCGCUGAGUUCUUCACCGACACCGGGGGAGACUCCACUGGACAAGCACUUCGCGAGAAGGCACCAAUCCAGCCAGUAGAUUAA